AUGCAGCAGGUUCAAGUAGAUCAGCAACAAGCAGCAGAGGCAUUGCGGAUUGCCGCCCAGACUGCCCAACAACAACAGCAUCACCAAAUCCAUAAUCAACAACCACACAAACUAAAACAGGGUGAUCUUCCCGAAUUGACGGAGUACGACCUCAAAUCUCGGGAUUCCAAGUAUAGAAGAUGGACACCCAAAAUGGACCAGUUUUUGAUCAAAUUGUUGUCGGAUGUGGUCCAUAGCUACCAAAAGGGUGCCGAGGCUGAGAUGACGAAGAAAUCAUGGGCAUAUGUGACUGGUCAAUUGAGGGCGGCUAAUCCAGAAACUGUCUACUCCACGUAUACAAAGUAUUCGUGUCAGCAGCAUUUGUUGAACGUCAACCAUCAUAGAUACAAAAUAUGGUAUGUGUUGAUGUUGCACCUGAAGAAUAAUCCAUCCGCAACCGGGUAUUCCUACCGGUGGAAUCCCGAUAUCGGCAGGUUUCAGAUCAUCGAUAACACCACUAAUUCGCUUGUCAUCGACGAGCGGCAAAUAAAGUCGUUGCUAUACAGCGAGUCGUUGUCCUUGCCGUCGUUGAGCGCAUUCAACAAGGGCAACUUGAUCGUGAAUGAUUUCUUUUUAACUGACAAUUUACGGUAUAUGUCAGUGUAUCAUAACGAGGUGUUGCAAUUAUUAAUAAGAUUAGACCCGAAGUAUGCGGAGGGGUUGGGGGACAUUUAUCAUGAAAUCCCAAAGUUCGACUAUCUAGAGGCCGCAAAUGAGUACUUCAAACCACUCGUUCCAGCAAAACCAAGCAAAGCACUUCCGGGAAGUCCUUCGCAUCCAAACAAACAAAAGAAAAGAUUGCACUCUGAAGAUUCCAGCGACAUGAAUCUUCCCUUUUCAAAAGCAUUAUCUUCAAUUACUAACGAUGGAACUGAGACCGACGUAACACAACCUCAGGCACCACAGGACGAUGAUUCCUUGGAUCCUGCUCUCAAGAGAUCUAGAAUUCAAGAUCCUACAUCUGCUAAUACUAUCACCUUCGAAAACGCCUUGGCCACUGCUGCCAUUGAUGCCAUCAACUCUCCUGCCGUGACCAACGGCCGUGAUCCUACUCCAUUCUAUAUCAAAGACCGCAAAUGGUUCAAUAAAUUAAUUGCUCUAAAUGAAUCUGGUCACAUAGGUGUGGAAGAUGUGCUUUCGGUCUGCGAGGGUGUCAGGGAUGGUAAGAUACCUUUGUUCAUGUUGAACGUACUUGAUCAAUCAUACUAUCCAACUAGAAACGGGGCUCUGAUUCCAGACGAAUUGCCCGAUGAAGAAAUGGCGAAGAGAAUAAGGGAAUUCAUGCUUCCCAUGGUUUAUAAUUCUUGA